GGAUUGCCAAACUAACGCUGUUUUGAUUGGUCGAUUAAAGCCCCACCUAUUUUUAUUCUUGUUCUUUCUCAUUUUGAUAUCGGGAAAUUAUAGGUAUCAGACGUAAACCGGAGUUUGUAUCGAAACCAAACGAGUAAUGUCUGACAGUCAAGGAAUGAACAAAAAUGGGUCAUAUGUUGACCAACCUGGGGCUGAUGAAGAGGACAUAGUCAAUCCUUGGGAAGUCUCAACACACUCUGCAAAAGGGGUAGACUAUGACAAACUCAUAACAAGAUUUGGAAGUACAAAGAUUGACGAUGCUUUAAUUCAAAGAAUCGAAAAGGCUACAGGAAAACCAGUCCAUCAUCUUCUCCGGAGAGGCAUAUUCUUUUCACAAAGGGACAUGGAAAUGAUUCUAGAUGUUUAUGAAAAGAAACAGCCAUUUUAUCUGUACACCGGUAGAGGACCAUCAUCAGAAGCUAUGCACAUGGGUCAUCUUAUUCCAUUUAUUUUCACAAAAUGGCUGCAAGACACAUUUGACGUACCCCUUGUUAUUCAGCUGACCGAUGACGAAAAGUUCCUGUGGAAAGACCUUACCCUGGACGAAACUAACCAUCUGGCCUUUGAAAAUGCCAAGGAUAUCAUUGCAUGUGGUUUUGACGUCGAAAAGACAUUCAUCUUUAGCGAUCUGGAUUUCCUCACGAACAGUCCUGCUUUCUACAGGACAAUAUGUCGAAUUCAAAAGCUGGUGACGUACAACCAAGUCAAGGGUAUUUUUGGGUUUUCAGACAGCGACAGUAUUGGUAAAAUUAGCUUUCCUGCCAUUCAAGCUGCGCCAAGCUUUAGUUGCAUGUUUCCUGAAAUAUUCAGUGGCAGGACCGACAUUCCCUGCCUCAUCCCAUGUGCAAUAGAUCAGGACCCAUACUUUCGAAUGACUAGAGACGUUGCUCCACGGAUGGGUUGCUUAAAACCUGCUUUGCUCCACUCUACAUUCUUUCCGGCUUUACAAGGGGCACAGACGAAGAUGAGCGCUAGUGAUCCUAAUUCUUCAAUAUUUGUCACUGAUACGGACAAGCAAAUCAAGGAAAAGAUCAAUAAAUAUGCUUUUUCCGGAGGUGGUGCCACUGUAGAAGAGCAUAAAGCAACGGGAGGAAACUGUGAGAUAGAUGUGUCAUAUCAAUAUCUGACGUUCUUCAUGGAAGAUGAUAAACGACUUGAAGAAAUUCGAAAAACAUAUGCUAGCGGUGAAUUAAUGACAGGAUCGUUGAAAAUGGAACUGAUAGAAAUUCUACAAAAACUGGUCGGCGAACAUCGUCAAAGGCGCGCAGAGGUUACCGAUGACAUGGUCAGACAGUUCAUGAAGCCAAGAAAAUUGAAAUAUGAUUAUCCUCCCGUGGAAAGCAAGAAGUGACAUUUCGUGUUUCUUUAAAUCAUGCACCCAAGAAUUACUGGAUAAUUGAACUUUUGCAAAAAAAAUUGGAAAAGUGGUUUUGUAUUAACUUUAAAAAUAUCUUUUGGAUUGUUUGUGUAAAAGCUUUUGCAUGCUUAUCUAUAUUUUACCGCUCUGAUUUUAAUUAAUAUGUGCUGUUACAGUGUAGUUGGAACAAUAAAUUUCAUAAAUAUCA